GGAUCAACUUGUCUGCCAGAAGAGCACAAGAAACCUUUGUACUGACAAGCCCUGGAAAAGCAAGUACUUAUUUCUAAGAUACUCACUAGGAAGAAGGGAGACGAAAAUGGUUCUGCACGGUGACAAAGGCAGCCAUAUUCUAUCGUUCUCUCUCAGACGCUGUGGCUUCACUAUGGUGGUUCUGCUUUUCCUUCUUGUUGUUUUCUUGUGCCCUGACAGUACAAAUGGAAACAAACUUCGGAUAAUGCUACAGAAGAGAGAAGCUGUGGAGCCUGCUAAACCCAUUGUUUCAGUGAAAGAAAACAAAGCUAAUGAGUUCUUGAAUUCUCUAAAGCGGCCAAAGCGCCAACUUUGGGAUAGGACUCGACCUGAAGUGCAGCAGUGGUACCAACAAUUUCUCUACAUGGGUUUUGAUGAAGCAAAAUAUGAAGAUGAUUUGGUUUACUGGAUGAGUCAGGGACGUGGAGGCAGUGAAUACUAUGGGGGAUUCCACCAGCAUCACUAUGAUGAAGAUGCUCCUAUUGGGCCACGCAACCCAUAUACCUACAGGCAUGGAGCUGGAGUCAACUAUGAUGAUUAUUAAAGUCAGACUUGAACUUUAUUCCUCUACUCCAACAAUGGCUUUGUGACAAAUAAAAAAUGUACAAUGUGCAUUGCAUUACAAAAAUGUCCCAUACU